CUCCCGGCUGGGACUCGCUCGCGCUCUCGCUGCUAAUGGUUUAUUGGAGUGGCAGGGGAAGCCGCGCCUCUUGGCGGGCCGAGAGAAAAUUUCCCGCGGGCGCUCUUUGGGUGGACCCAAGGGCGCCCCUCAACCCUUUGCGCCUCUAGCCCUCCUCCUCAGCUGAGCUGCAGUGGGCGCGGUGCCCGUUAUUUCCGCCGUGGGGAGGUGCUUGGAACUGAUGUGGGGAGCUCAGUUGGUGAUUUCUCGGGUUUCUGGCCUGUCCAGACCCUUGUAAUUGUUUUCUCGGUGCAGAGCCCUUUUGGGGUCUGGAGGUUUCUGUCGUUCUGCGCGCGUCAUCGCCAACCUCUGUCUGAGGGUCCGGUUUCCUAGCUACUGUGCCCCUCCCUCCUGGAGGCAGAGUGACGGACGAGUGGCCUGGCGGGCGCUGGGUGCCUGCGUCCCGCCAAAGAGUGUGUGGUUUAUAGAAAGACUCCAGGAAUAUUCUGUGCUGUGGUGGAAAUACUGGAAUAAUCAACCUCAUAAGAAGCUUAAGUGAAAAUGGUACAUGUUAGAAGACAUGAAACAAGGAAAAAUUCUAAAAGUCACAUGCCUGAGCAGAAAUCUCGAGUUGAUUGGAGGCGAACUAAAAGAAAUAGUAUCUCACAAUUAUGUGAUAGCGAUGAAGAGCUUGAUAAUGAUGAAGAAUUUGAUAGUGAUGAAGAGCUUGAUAGUGAUGAAAGUGUUGAUAAUUACGAAAGUUUUGAUGAUGAUGAAGAGCUUGAUAGUAACAAAGGACUUGAUUGUGAUAAAACACUAGGAAGUGCAAGAGAGCUUAAAUUAAGUAAAGAUGAAAGUGAAGGAAAUGACAGUAAGAAUCUCAUUAACACUGGCAACAGUUCAACCUACGUAGAAGAAAUGAACAAAACCAAACCUAGGAAUAUUGACUUACAAGAUCAGGAAAAAAUUCUAAGUCAAGUGGAUAAUGUUCCCAACAAACAAGCUGGACAAAUAAUAGAGGAUGAUUUAGAGGAAGAACACAUCAAGCGAGGUAGAAGAAAAAGGCUGUCCUCUGUGAUGUAUGACAGUGAUGAGAGUGAUGACAGUGAUAUCCUAAUUAGAAAAGUAGGUGUUAAACGUCCACGUAGAGUGGUUGAAGAUGAAGGUUCUUCAGUGGAAAUGGAGCAGAAAACUCCUGAAAAAACAUUAGCUGCACGAAAGCGAGAACAACUUCAGAAGCUGAAAGAACUCUCAAAGCAAAGAUCUCGUCAGAGACGCAAUAGUGGUAAAGAUUGUGAGGACUCUGAAAAGGAAUCCUGCCCAAGCAGUGAUGAAGAUGAUGAGGAGGAAGGAGAGGAUGAUUAUGAAUCUGAUGAAGAUGGAGAUGAUUAUAUUAUCGAUGACUUUGUAGUGCAAGAUGAGGAGGGAGAUGAAGAGAAUAAAAACCAACAAGGCGAAAAAUUGACUACAUCACAACUGAAAUUAGUAAAACAGAAUUCUCUUUAUUCUUUUAGUGACCACUAUACUCAUUUUGAAAGAGUUGUGAAGGCUCUUCUGAUCAAUGCUUUAGAUAAGUCUUUCCUGGGAACAUUGUAUGAUGGCAAGAGGCAAAAAUCAUAUGCAAAAGAUAUGCUCACAUCUCUUCAUUAUUUGGAUAACCGCUUUGUUCAGCCUCGUCUAGAGAGUUUGGUAUCUAGAAGUCGUUGGAAAGAACAAUAUAAGGAGCGGGUAGAAAAUUAUUCCAAUGUAAGCAUUCAUUUGAAGAAUCCUGAAAACUGUUCCUGCCAGGCUUGUGGACUGCAUCGCUGCUGUAGAUAUUCAGUGCAUUUAUCAGGAAAGUUGUAUAACACCAGGACCAUGGAAAUAGAUGAUUUUAUGUCACAUGAUAAACAGGUGUUCACGGUUGGCAGAAUUUGUGCUGAUCGUACCAGAAUUUAUCAUAAACUGAAACAUUUUAAAUUCAAACUGUACCAGGAAUGUUGCUCCAUUGCAAAGACAGAAGAAGUUGAAGAUGAACAGGUUAAAGAAACAGUGGAAAGAAUUUUCAGUCAAUCAAAAGAAAGUGGCUGGAUUAAGGAGAAAUAUGGUCAACUUGAAGAAUAUCUCAAUUUUGCGGAUUACUUUCAAGAAGAGAAGUUUGACUGAAUUGUAACACGUUUCCAUCAGAGAAGAUUUUUUAAAUGCUUGUAAAUGUGAAGAUCAUGAUUCUUGUUUUUCUGUAUCAUGUGACAUAUUUAUACAUUUUAUAUAUAUAUAUCCAUGGCAAAAUAUUUUGUUUAAAACAUGGUUAUCUUUAUUCCUGUGAAAUGGCACUCUGUAGUCUGAUUGAACUUUUAUGUGAUGUACAUAAAACAUUAUCUUAAUAAUUUUUAAGUCUGUAAAUGUAUUUUAAAGUUAUAUAAUAAUGGCUUUAUAACAGAUGACUGUCAACUGAAUGAGCUGUCCAUGUCCUGCCAGUUUAGUCAAAAUAUAUUGUAUUUUAAAAAUAUAUUUAGACUAACGUCUACAUGUAUUUUUGCUGAAUUCCUGUCCAGACCUGUUUAUUAUCCUUUUACAGUAUUAAGUGAUUUUCACUAACAUAUUUUUUACUGCUAUCAUCAAAUCAGUGGGCCAUGGAAGAAACCUCAAUAUAUCAUUCAGUUCAAUCCCCUGGCUUCAGAAACUUGUUGCAUAUCCAUUCUAAGUAGAAGAAUGAUUUUUUCCUUUUCUAGAAAGUUUCUGUUUCAAAUAUGUUUCCAGUCUCCAGGGAGUCUUUCAACCUUUACAUUCAGGAACAAUUUUAUGUAAAUUUUCAUGCUUUAUAAUGUUGAUGCUUUUUUUCUAUUCAAUUUUGUCUGUAUGUUAAUGAUUAAGAUGUUUUUUAUUUGUUUUUAGCCAUAGUUUUUUCCAUGUAAGUAUAUAUGUUAGGGUCAGAACUGCUGAGAGAUAAAUUCAGCCAAAAACACUUGGAAAGCAUAUUUUAGUAUCUGCAUUGCUUUGCACAUCUGAAUUUUGCCAAAAAGUAAUAAAGUAAAGUAGUUGCUGAGUGAACAAA